GAGGAUCCUGUUGGUCCUCCGUCCCACUCGCAAGCCAGCCACCAGCGCCAGCGCGGGCAGCCAAAGCAGGCCGGCAUGAGGGGCCGGAUGCCACGGCUGAAACGGCAGUCCCGCAAGCAACAGCAUCGGCUCUUGCAUAUAUUGCAGUCCCUUUUGUCCCGCCACCGGCCACCAAUUUGAUACAGCCUCUUGCCUAUCUCUCUCCAUGGCCAUGUCUCCGCUCCGCUCCGGUGCACAUCCCGUGACCGCCGGCCGCGUAUAUCAUCGCUGAAUCUGAGCCUCCACACCAGAGUCAAAACCAUAGCAGCCUGAUCCCCAGUUACCAUACCACGAGCUAAGCCCACACUAACUAGCUACUUAGCCCUGCAAUUGCUGCAUCCUCUGCUCUGACCAUCUGCUCCCAAACCAGCAGCUUCCUCGCUUGCUCGCUCGCUCAAUUCACUCCUCUUCGUCUCCCUGCUCGUUGCGCGAGGUUGUCGGUCGCUCGGUGCGGUCGAAGAAGGCGCUGAUCAAGAGCUAGCUAGGGGAGGAAGAAAGGUGCUGGAUUGGAAGGUGUUCUGAAUCUCUCAAGACAUUCAGGACAGCACAAGAACCCCAUGUGAUCCAUUUCUUCAGAGAAUCUGCCAACAUCAUCUGCUUGCCAUGAGAGGACAAAUCCUUGCCUGCCUCCCUCUGAAUCUGAUCACACUCCUCUCGCUCUUCCUGAGCUGCACCUGCCAAAUCGAUUCCCAAACACACGCCCUCCUCCAGUUCAAGGCCGGGUUGAACGACCCUCUGAACCACCUCGUGUCAUGGACGAACGCCACCUCCAAGUGCCGCUUCUUCGGCGUCCGGUGCGACGACGAUGGCUCCGGCACGGUCACCGAGAUCUCGCUGUCGAACAUGAACCUCUCCGGCGGGAUCUCGCCGUCCGUCGGGGCGCUGCACGGCCUAGCGCGGCUGCAGCUCGACUCCAACUCGCUGUCGGGGCCCGUGCCGCCUGAGCUGGCGAAAUGCACGCAGCUCAGGUUCCUGAACCUAUCCUACAACAGCCUCGCCGGAGAGCUGCCGGACCUGUCCGCGCUGACGGCGCUCCAGGCCCUCGACGUCGAGAACAAUUACUUCACCGGGCGCUUCCCGGCGUGGGUCGGCAACCUGUCCGGCCUGACCACGCUCAGCGUCGGCAUGAACAGCUACGACCCAGGGGAGACGCCGCCGAGCAUCGGCAACCUCAGGAACCUGACGUACCUGUACCUGGCCGGCAGCAGCUUGACGGGGGUGAUACCGGACUCCAUCUUCGGGCUCACCGCGCUGGAGACGCUGGACAUGUCCAUGAACAACCUCGCCGGCGCGAUCCCGCCGGCCAUCGGAAACCUCCGGAACCUGUGGAAAAUCGAGCUGUACAAGAACAACCUCACCGGCGAGCUCCCACCGGAGCUGGGGGAACUGACCAAGCUGCGGGAGAUCGACGUGUCCCGGAACCAGAUCAGCGGCGGCAUCCCGGCGGCGUUCGCGGCGCUCACGGGGUUCACGGUGAUCCAGCUCUACCACAACAACCUGUCCGGGCCGAUCCCGGAGGAGUGGGGCGACCUGCGGUACCUGACGAGCUUCUCCAUCUACGAGAACCGGUUCUCCGGCGAGUUCCCGGCCAACUUCGGCCGGUUCUCACCGCUCAACAGCGUCGACAUCUCCGAGAACGGCUUCGUCGGGCCAUUCCCGAGGUACCUGUGCCAUGGCAACAACCUCGAGUACCUUCUCGCUCUCCAGAACGGCUUCUCCGGUGAGUUCCCGGAGGAGUACGCGGUGUGCAAGAGCCUGCAACGCUUCCGGAUCAACAAGAACCGGUUCACCGGCGACCUCCCGGAAGGCCUGUGGGGGCUCCCGGCGGCGACGAUCAUCGACGUGUCCGACAACGGGUUCACCGGAGCCAUGUCGCCGCUGAUCGGGCAGGCGCAGAGCCUCAACCAGCUGUGGCUGCAGAACAACAAGCUCGGCGGAGCAAUACCGCCGGAAAUCGGCCGGCUCGGCCAGGUGCAGAAGCUCUACCUGUCCAACAACACCUUCUCGGGCUCCAUACCGUCGGAGAUCGGCAGCCUGUCGCAGCUGACGGCGCUGCACCUGGAGGACAACGCGUUCAGCGGCGCCUUGCCGGACGACAUCGGCGGCUGCAUCAGGCUCGUCGAGAUCGACGUCUCCCAGAACGCGCUGUCGGGGCCGAUUCCGGCCUCGCUGUCGCUGCUGUCGUCGCUCAACUCGCUCAACCUCUCCAACAACGAGCUCAGCGGGCCGAUCCCGACGAGCCUCCAGGCGCUCAAACUCAGCUCCAUCGACUUCUCCUCGAACCAGCUCACCGGGAACGUGCCGCCGGGGCUUCUGGUGCUCACCGGCGGCGGCCAGGCGUUUGCCCGGAACCCCGGCCUCUGCGUGGACGGCAGGUCCGACCUCAGCGCCUGCAAUGUGGACGGCGGCCGCAAGGACGGCCUCCUCGCCAGGAAGUCGCAGCUUGUGCUGGUGCUGGUCCUUGUCUCGGCGACGCUGCUGCUGGUGGCCGGCAUCGUGUUUGUGAGCUACCGGAGCUUCAAGCUCGAGGAGGUGAAGAAGAGGGACCUGGAGCACGGCGACGGGUGCGGGCAGUGGAAGCUGGAGUCGUUCCACCCACUGGAGCUGGACGCCGACGAGAUCUGCGCCGUCGGGGAGGAGAACCUGAUAGGGUCGGGCGGAACGGGGCGUGUGUACCGGCUGGAGCUCAAGGGCCGCGGCGGCGCCGGCGCCGGCGGAGUGGUGGCCGUGAAGCGGCUGUGGAAGAGCAACGCGGCGCGGGUGAUGGCCGCCGAGAUGGCCAUCCUCGGCAAGGUCCGGCACCGGAACAUCCUGAAGCUGCACGCGUGCCUGUCGCGCGGCGAGCUCAACUUCAUCGUCUACGAGUACAUGCCGCGCGGCAACCUGCACCAGGCGCUCCGGCGGGAGGCCAAGGGCAGCGGGCGGCCGGAGCUGGACUGGCCGCGCCGGUGCAAGAUCGCGCUCGGCGCCGCCAAGGGGAUCAUGUACCUCCACCACGACUGCACGCCGGCCGUCAUCCACCGCGACAUCAAGUCCACCAACAUCCUGCUCGACGAGGACUACGAGGCCAAGAUCGCCGACUUCGGCAUCGCCAAGGUCGCCGCGGAUGCCUCCGACUCCGAGUUCAGCUGCUUCGCCGGAACCCAUGGCUACCUCGCGCCCGAGCUGGCCUACUCGCUCAGAGUGACGGAGAAGACGGACGUGUACAGCUUCGGCGUGGUGCUGCUGGAGCUGGUCACCGGCCGGAGCCCGAUCGACCGGCGGUUCGGCGAGGGCAGGGACAUCGUGUACUGGCUGUCCAGCAAGCUCGCCUCGGAGAGCCUCGACGACGUGCUGGACCCGCGGGUGGCCGUGGUGGCCAGGGAGAGGGACGACAUGCUCAAGGUGCUCAAGAUCGCCGUGCUUUGCACCGCCAAGCUGCCGGCGGGGCGGCCGACCAUGAGGGACGUGGUGAAGAUGCUCACCGACGCCGGCGCGGGGCCCUGCAGCCCGCGUGGACAGCCGCCGGUAAGGGUCUGCAGCAACAAGAGCUGCUGCUGAAUUUUUGGAGCAGACUCUGCCUCUUGCCACCAACAGAUGCCUCUGCUUCUUCGUUGAAUUCCUGGUGCCAUCUGCGCUGUGUGAUAGGACAAUUCAUAGGAUCAUGUACCUGCAGGUAUUUUGUACAAUGAUUAAACUGAAGUACUCCUUUCAUCCUCGUUAAUGUAAGCCAUAUUUUGGUCAAAAAAUCUCCCUUUUUUCGAUGAUACAACGAUGCCGGACAUAUAUUAAUACAGAGCAAAUAUUUUUUUUUUU